UGCAAAACCACAUCGCACGUGUCAAAACGGUGAGCUCCGAGUUCUCACCGUGUGUCUCACCUGUCUCUCCAACAAUAUAAAUCUUCUUCCCAACGUUUAGGUCUCUUCAACGCUAGCUCCACCAUACAACAACCUCAAGGCCCAAACACAAACAGAGUCUCUAUCUUCCAUUGUUGUGCAUCAAAGUCUUCGGAAAUCUUAAGGAAACCAAUUAACCAAAGAUAUGAAACAAGGCUUUGUUGUGGAAGCUGGGUUCGUAUUCCAAGAAGAGACUCAUCUCACCGUCCUCAAGACCUCUCUUUUCUUCGCCAAUGAUGGCUUCACCGUCUAUGAUUGCAAGGGCGACUUGGUCUUCCGAGUCGACUCGUACGGGCCCGAAACCCGUGACAGGGGCGAAAUCGUUCUCAUGGACGCGAACGGAAGGUGUCUCCUCACUGUCCGCCGGAAGAGGCCGAGUCUCCACCACCGGUGGGAGGGCUUUAUAGGGGAGAGAAUCGACGGGCACCAGAAACCGAUCUUCAGCGUGCGGAGAUCCUCGAUGAUCGGACGGUCGAGCGUGAGCGUGGAGGUGUAUAGCGACCCAGGGGAGGAGUACCAGAUCGAGGGACACUUUUCGCAACGCUGUUGCACGAUCUUGAAUGCGGGGAAGGAAUCAGUGGCUGAGAUCCGACGCAAAGUGGAUGCUUCCACCCACGUGCUGCUAGGGAAGGACGUUUUCUCCCUUUGCGUUAAGCCUGGCUUUGAUGGGGCUUUUGCCAUGGGAUUGGUGCUCGUUCUUGAUCAGAUCAACGGUGAUGAUUAUUUCACCGAGGGAGCUCAGGUGGAGCCCGUCACAGAUGAUUAGUGGGAUGUAUCUUUUUAGCUUUGUUUAAUGGCUAAUCCAUCAUCCAUGGACGGUAAUCUCGAUAGGGCUCUUCUUCUUGUCUUGGUCUAGAUCUUUGUUGUAUUUUACUAUGGAAAAUCAAAAUGGGCAAGAGUGAUAAUAUUAUUGUA